AUGAAGAACAUUUACUGGCUUAAUCUGAAACUUGUCAAUUUUGCAACUCUCGGCUGCCUAUGGAUUUCUCUGGGGCAGUGUACAGUUUUGAACAACUGCCUGAAGUCGUGUGUAACUAACCUGGGCAGGCAGCUUGACACUGGCACACCAUAUAAUCUGAGUGAACCGUGCAUUCAAGGAUGUCAUUUUUGGAACUCUGUACAUCAGGAAAAUUGUGCUUUAAAGUGUAAUGAUACCUAUGCCACCGUUUGUGAGAUUAAAAAAAAUGCAGAUGUCCCCACCGCGCCCUUCGCUUCUUCCAUUGGAAGCCAUAGUGUGACGUUACGAUGGAAAUCUGCCAACAUCUCUGGAGUGAAAUACAUUGUUCAGUGGAAAUAUGCACAGCUUCUGGGAAGCUGGACUUACACUGAGACCGUGUCCAAGCCCUCGUACAUGGCAGAGCCCCUGCACCCCUUCACCACGUACGUUUUCCGGGUGGUUUGGAUCUUCACAGCCCAGCUGCAGCUUUAUUCUCCUCCAAGUCCCAGUUACAGGACUCAUCCAUAUGGAGUUCCUGAAACUGCUCCUUUCAUUAGGAAUAUUGAGAGCUCAAGUCCCGACACUGUGGAAGUCAGUUGGGCUCCACCCCAAUUCCCAGGUGGACCUAUUUUGGGUUAUAACUUAAGGCUGAUCAGCAAAAAUCAAAAAUUAGAUUCAGGGACACAGAGAACGAGUUUCCAGUUUUACUCCACCCUUCCAAAUACCACCUACAGGUUUUCUGUUGCAGCAGUAAAUGAAGUUGGUGAGGGUCCAGAAGCAGAGUCUAGUAUUACCACUCCAUCCCCAGCAGUUCAAGAAGAGGAACAGUGGCUCUUUUUAUCCAGAAAAACUUCUCUGAGAAAGAGAUCUUUGCAACACUUAGUAGAUGAGGCACACUGCCUUCAGUCGGAUGCUGUACACCACAACGUUACAGGUCAGUGUAUCCGAGAGAUGAUUCCUUGGUGUGAAAAGAAAGACCCAGAAUUUCCAGAAGAAACUCCGCCCUCUCUUAUUGCACCUCAAAAAAUUGUAGUGGAUUCAUACAAUGGGUAUGUCUUCUAUCUCCUGAGAGACGGCAUUUAUAGAGCAGAUCUUCCUGUGCCGUCUGGUCGGGAGGCUCAAGCUAUGCGUAUUGUGGAGAGUUGCACAUUAAAGGACUUCGCAGUGAAGCCACAGUCCAAGAGAAUCAUUUACUUCAACGACACCGCCCAAGUCUUCAUGUCAACAUUUCUGGAUGGCUCUGCUUCCCAUCUUGUCCUACCUCAUGUCCCCUUUGCUAAUGUGAAGAGCUUUACUUGUGAAAACAAUGACUUCCUUGUCACAGAUGGCAAGGCUGUUUUCCAACAGGAUGCUUUGUCUUUUAAUGAGUUCAUCGUGGGAUGUGACCUGAGUCAUAUAGAAGAAUUUGGAUUUGGUAACUUAGUCAUUUUUGGCUUAUCCACCCAGCUCCACCCUCUGCCCGGCUGCCCGCAGGAGCUCUCAGUGCUCUUUGGCUCUCACCAGGCCCUUGUUCAGUGGAAGCCUCCUGCCCUCGCCAUAGGAGCCACCCGUGUGGAUGUCCUCCUGGUCAGUGAUAUUGUUGAACUCUUCUAAUUAGGCCCCUCUGCCUGGCAGAACUGGACAUAUGAGGUGAAAGUAUCAACCCAAGACCUUCCUGAAAUCAGCCAUGUUUUCUCUAACAUAAGUGGGACCACGCUUAAUGUACCUGAGCUGCAGAGUGCUACGAAAUACAAGGUUUCUGUGAGAGCAAGUUCUCCUAAGGGGCCAGGCCCGUGGUCAGAGCCCUCGGUGGGUACUACUCUGGUGCCAGCUACUGAACCACCAUUUAUUAUGGCUGUGAAAGAAGAUGGGCUUUGGAGUAAACCAUUAAAUAGCUUUGGCCCGGGAGAGUUCUUAUCCUCUGAUAUAGGAAAUGUGUCAGACAUGGAUUGGUACAACAACAGCCUCUACUACAGCGACAUGAAAGGUGACAUUUAUGUGUGGCUGCUGAAUGGGACGGAUAUCUCAGAGAAUUAUCACAUACCCAACAUUGCAGGAGCAGGAGCUUUAGCUUUUGAGUGGCUGGGUCACUUUCUCUACUGGGCUGGAAAGACAUAUGUGAUACAAAGGCAGUCUGUGUUGACAGGACACACAGACAUUGUGACGCAUGUGAAGCUGCUGGUGAAUGACAUGGUGGUGGAUUCGGUUGGUGGAUAUCUCUACUGGACCACCCUCUACUCAGUUGAAAGCACCAGGCUAAAUGGGGAAAGUUUCCUUAUACUGCAGGCGCAGCCUUGGUUUUCUGGGAAAAAGCUACCCACUAGCAGUGUUGGGGAUACCAUCAUCACAGAAUUUGCAGCCUGGAGUACUUCUGAAAUUUCCCAGAAUGCACUGAUGUACUACAGUGGUCGGCUCUUCUGGAUCAAUGGCUUUAGGAUUAUCACAACUCAGGAAAUAGGUCAGAGAACCAGUGUCUCUGUUUUGGAAGCAGCCAAAUUUAAUCAGUUCACAAUUAUUCAGACAUCCCUCAAACCGCUGCCAGGGAAUUUUUCCUUUACCCCUAAGGUUAUCCCAGAUUCUGUUCAAGUGUCUUCAUUUAGGAUUGAGGGAAACGCCUCAAGUUUUCAAGUCCUGUGGGAUGCGCCCCCUGUAGUGGACUGGGGUGCAGUUUUCUACAGUGUGGAAUUCAGUGCUCAUUCUAAGUUCUUGGCUAGUGAACAACAGCCUUUACCUGUAUUUACUGUGGAAGGGCUGGAGCCCUAUGCCUUAUUUAAUCUUUCUGUCACUCCUUACACGUACUGGGGAAAGGGCCCCAAAACAUCUCUAUCACUUCGAGCGCCUGAAACAGUUCCAUCAGCACCAGAGAAUCCCAGAAUAUUUGCAUUACCAAGUGGAAAAUACCACAAGAAGAAUGAAGUUGUGGUGGAAUUUAGGUGGGAUAAGCCUAAGCAUGAAAAUGGUGUGUUAACAAGAUUUGAAAUUUUCUAUCAAAUAUCCAACCAAAGUGAUACAAACAAAACAUUCGAAGACUGGAUUGCUGUCAAUGUCACUCCCUCAGUGAUGUCUUUUCAACUUGAGGGCAUGAGUCCCAGGUGUCUCGUGGCCUUCCAGGUUCGAGUCUUCACAUCUAAAGGGCCAGGACCAUUUUCUGACAUAGUAAAGUCUACAAUAUCAGAAAUCAACCCAUUUCCUUACCUCAUAACUCUCUUGGGCAACAAGAUAGUUUUUUUAGACAUGGAUCAAAAUCAAGUUGUGUGGACAUUCUCAGGGGAAAGAGAGAUCAGUGCCGUGGGCUACACAGCUGAUGAUGAGAUGGGGUAUUACGCUGAGGGAAACUCACUCUUCCUUCUCGACGUGCACAAUCGUUCCAGCUCUGAGCUCCUCCGAGAUGCACUGGCUUUUGAUAUCACAGUUAUUACGAUUGACUGGAUUUCAAGGCACCUCUACUUUGCACUGAAAGAAUCACAAAACGGAAUGCAAAUAUUUGAUGUUGAUCUUGAACACAAGGUGAAAUACCCCAGAGAGCUGAAGAUUUGCAACAGGAAUUCAACAAUAAUUUCUUUUUCCGUAUAUCCUCUUUUAAGUCGCUUGUAUUGGACAGAAGUUUCCGAUUUGGGCUAUCAGAUGUCCUACUACAGUAUUAUCAACCACACCUUGCACCGCAUUCUGCAACCCACAGCCACAAACCACCAAAACGGAAGGAGCCAAUGUUCUUGUAAUGUGACUGAAUUUGAGUUAAGUGGAGCAAUGACUAUUGAUACCUCCGACCUAGAGAAACCACUGAUAUACUUUGCCAAAGCACAGGAGAUCUGGGCAAUGGAUUUGGAAGGAUGUCAGUGUUGGAGAGUUAUCAUGGUGCCUGCUGUGCUUGCAGGGAAAACACUUGUUAGCUUAACUGUGGAUGGGGAGUUUAUAUAUUGGAUCAUCACAGCAAAGGCCAGCACACAGAUUUAUCAAGCAAAGAAAAGAAAUGGGGCCAUCCUCUCCCAGGUGAAGACCCUAAGGAGUAAGCAUAUCUUGGCUUACAGUUCAUUUAUGCAGCCUUUUCCAGAUAAAGCAUUUCUGUCUCUAGCUUCAGAUAUUGAGGAACCAACUAUACUUAAUGCCACCAACAUUAGCCUCACAAUCAAAUUACCUCUGGCCAAGACAAAUCUCACUGGGUAUGGCAUCACCAGCCCUACUCCAACAUACCUCGUUUAUUACACAGAAGUUAAUGAAAAGAGAAACAGCUCCGACUUGAAAUACAGAAUGCUGGAAUUUCAGGACAGUAUAGCCCUUAUUGAAGAUUUACAACCAUUUUCAACGUAUAUGAUACAGAUAGCUGUAAAGAAUUAUUAUUCAGAUCCUUUGGAACAUUUUCCUCUGGGAAAAGAGAUUUGGGGAAAAACUAAAAGUGGAGUACCAGAGGCAGUCUGGCUCAUUAACACAACUGUGCGGUCAGACACCAGCCUCAUUAUAUCCUGGAGAGAGUCUCACAAGCCAAAUGGACCUAAAGAAUCAGUCCGCUACCAGUUGGCAAUUUUGCACCUGGCCCUAAUUCCUGAGACUCCUCUGAGACAAAGUGAAUUUCCAAAUGAAAGACUCACUCUCCUUGUUACUAGACUGUCUGGUGGAAAUCUAUAUGUAUUAAAGGUUCUGGCCUGCCACUCUGAAGAAAUGUGGUGUGCUGAGAGUCAUCCUGUCACUGUGGAAACAUUUGACACACCAGAGAAACCUUAUACCUUGGUUCCAGAGAACACCAGUUUGCAAUUACAUUGGAAGGCUCCAUCUAAUGUUAACCUCAUCAGAUUCUGGUUUGAACUCCAGAAGUGGAAAUACAGUGAGUUUUACCACACUGAAGCUUCAUGCAGCCAAGGGCCUGCUUACGUCUGUAACAUCACAGAUCUACAACCUUAUACUUCCUAUAGUGUCCGAGUAGUGGUGGUUUACGUGACAGGCGAAAAUAGCACCUCGUUGCCAGAAAGCUUUAAGACACAAGCUGGAGUCCCAACUAAACCAGGCAUUCCCAAAUUAUUAGAAGGGAGUAAAAAUUCAAUACAAUGGGAAAAAGCUGAAGAUAGUGGAAAUAGACUUAUGUACUAUAUCCUUGAGAUCAGAGAGGUCACUUCAAAUGAUUCACAGGACCUGAAUUUAAGGUGGAAAAUGACAUUUAAUGGAUCCUGCAGUAGCAUUUGCACAUGGAAGUCCAAAAACCUGAAAGGAAUAUUUCAGUUCAGAGUAGUAGCUGCAAAUAAUCUGGGGUUUGGUGAAUAUAGUGGAAUCAGUGAGAACAUUAUAUUAGUUGGAGAUGGUUUUGGGAUACCAGAAACAAGUUUUAUAUUUACUAUUAUAGUUGGAAUAUUUCUGAUUGUUACAAUCCCAUUGACCUUUGUCUGGCAUAGAAGAUUAAAGAAUCAAAAACCUCCCAAGGAAGGGCCAGCAGUUCUCGUAAACGAAGACAAAGAGAUGGCUGAGUUACAGGGUCUGGCAGCUGGAGUAGGCCUGGCUAAUGCCUGCUAUGCGAUACAUACUCUUCCAACCCAAGAGGAGAUUGAAAAUCUUCCUGCCUUCCCUCGGGAAAAACUGACCCUACGUCUCUUAUUGGGAAGUGGAGCCUUUGGAGAAGUGUAUGAAGGGACAGCAGUAGACAUCUUAGGAGUUGGAAGUGGAGAACUCAAAGUAGCAGUCAAGACUUUGAAGAAGGGUUCUACAGACCAGGAAAAGAUUGAAUUCCUAAAGGAGGCACAUCUGAUGAGCAAGUUUAAUCAUCCCAACAUUCUGAAGCAGCUUGGAGUCUGUCUGCUGAAUGAACCCCAGUACAUUAUCCUGGAACUGAUGGAAGGAGGAGACCUUCUUACCUAUUUGCGUAAAGCCCGGAUGACAACGUUUCAUGGUCCUUUACUCACCUUGGUUGACCUUGUAGACCUGUGUGUAGAUAUUUCAAAAGGCUGUGUCUACUUGGAGCAGAUGCACUUCAUUCACAGGGAUCUGGCAGCUCGGAAUUGCCUCGUCUCUGUGAAAGAUUAUACCAGUCCUUCACGGAUAGUGAAGAUCGGGGACUUUGGACUCGCGAGGGACAUCUACAAAAAUGACUACUAUAGAAAGAGAGGGGAAGGCCUGCUCCCUGUUCGGUGGAUGGCUCCAGAAAGUUUGAUGGAUGGAAUCUUCACUACUCAGUCUGAUGUGUGGUCUUUUGGAAUUUUGAUUUGGGAGAUUUUAACUCUUGGUCAUCAGCCUUAUCCAGCUCAUUCCAACCUCGAUGUUUUAAACUAUGUGCAAACGGGAGGGAGACUGGAGCCACCAAGAAAUUGUCCCGAUGAUCUGUGGAAUUUAAUGAUCCACUGCUGGGCUCAAGAACCCGACCAAAGGCCUACUUUCCAUAGAAUUCAAGACCAGCUGCAGUUAUUCAGAAAUUUUUCCUUAAAUAGUGUUUCUCAAUGCAGAGAUGAAGCAAACACCAGUGGAGUCAUAAAUGAAGGCUUUGAAGGUGAAGGUGGCAAUAUGAUUUGUGUGAAUUCAAGUGAUGUUAUGUCAAUUGCUUUAAUGGAAACCAAGAACCAAGAAGGGUUAAACUAUAUGGUACUUGCCACAGAAUGCAGCCAAGGUGAAAAAAAUUCUGAGGGUCUUCCAGGCUCCCAGGAAUCUGAAUCUUGUGGUCUGAGGAAAGAAGAGAAGGAACCACAUGCAGACAAAGAUUUCUGCCAAGAAAAACAAGUGGCUUACUGCCCUCCUGGCAAGCCUGAAGGCCUGAACUAUGCUUGUCUCGCUCACAGUGGUUGUGGAGAUGGGUCUGAUUGAUAGCUCUGUUUGGGAAAUACAGAGUUGAG